AUGUCGACUGGAGUUGACAACCAAUCACACCCUAAUCAGUUUGAAGAUCAGAGUCCUCUCACUCGCCAACGAUCUAUUUCACGGAGUAACGGCAUUGCUUUUGCACCAUCUAUUGAGUCCGGUCGAGUAUUCGAUAAACGAUCCGCUAUGGCGCAGACCCAAAGAACCCGGUACCUUAAGACAGGUGCCAUUAUUGCCUUUGUAUUUAUGGUAGUGCUGUGGCUUUCUCCAUCCAGAUCGACUGUGUCUAGUUAUACUCAGGAAACAGCUCCUUCGACCGGAAGUUCAACAGCCAAGUGCACCAAAUCAUUCGAUUCGUCGAAGCCUCUCAUUCAAUAUGCCCUCAUGAUUGAUGCGGGUAGCACGGGCUCUCGUAUCCAUGUCUACCGCUUUAACAACUGCGGCUCUACCCCGGAGUUGGAGAACGAGGUCUUCGAACAGACCGCGAAGAAGGAAGGUGGUUCUGGUCUCAGCUCAUACAGGGAGAAUGCCGAGGGUGCUGCUCUCAGUCUUGACCCUCUUAUGGAGGUGGCUAUGCAGAAUGUCCCCGCCGAGUACCGAUCUUGCACUCCAGUGGCUGUCAAGGCCACUGCUGGUCUGCGUCUUUUGGGACCUGAGCUCAGCACCAACAUUCUGGAGGCUGUUCGUCACCGUCUUGAAACUGCUUUCCCCUUCCCAGUCGUUUCGAAGGAGAAGGGUGGUGUGCAGAUUAUGGAUGGCAAAGACGAGGGUGUCUUCGCUUGGAUUACCACCAACUACCUCCUUGGGAAGAUUGGCGGCCCUGACGAUACCCCUACCGCUGCUGUGUUUGACUUGGGCGGUGGUUCCACCCAGAUCGUUUUCCAGCCUACUUUUGAGAAGAGCAAGGCUGGCGGCAUGCCUGAGAAAUUGGCUCCCGGAGACCACAAAUACGAGCUUAACUUCGGUGGCCGUGAAUUUGAGCUCUACCAGCACUCUCACCUUGGCUACGGUUUGAUGUCCGCUCGCGAGGCUAUGCACAAGGUUGUUCUGGAGGCAAUGUUGGCCAAUAACCCGAAGGAUUUGUCUUGGUUGAAGCGCCCUAUCUCCAACCCCUGUAUUGGUCCCGACAUGGAGCGUUCAGUCACCGUGAAAUUCGCUGACGGGCCUCUCAGUCCCGAGGUCACUGUGAACAUGGUGGGCCCUAAGGACUCGACCGCUGCCCCCCAGUGCCGUGCUAUUGCCGAGAAGACUUUGAAGAAAGAUGCCGGCUGUACCCUCGCACCUUGCUCCUUCAACGGCGUUCACCAACCUUCCCUUGCCAAGACUUUCGCCCGUGAAGAUGUCUUCAUUUUCUCCUACUUCUAUGACCGCACUGCCCCUCUGGGUAUGCCUUCUUCCUUCACUCUGCAGGAGCUGCAUGACCUCACCAACACCGUUUGUGCCGGCGAGGACAGCUGGUCUGUCUUUGAGGGUGUCGAGGGUGCCAUGGCUGAGCUUAAGGACCGACCCGAAUGGUGCAUGGACUUGAACUUCAUGCUUGGUCUCCUUCACACCGGUUACGAGAUGCCCUUGUCUCGCGAAGUCAAGAUUGCCAAGAAGAUCAAGGAUAACGAGCUGGGCUGGUGUCUUGGUGCUAGUCUUCCUCUUCUCAGCCAAGAGUCUGGCUGGAAGUGCCGUAUCAAGGAGGUCUCAUAG